AUGGGUGCACCUCCGCAGAAUGGGAACGGUCUGUUCCUUGGUACAAUGAGCACAAGGGAAACAGCGCAUGCCAUCAGGAAGCUGCCUUUAGCCAAGGCUAAGAGGUACUUGGAGGAUGUUUUGGCCCAUAUGCAGGCGUUUGCCCGUUUCUGUGGAGGUGUUGGGCGUACUGCUCAGGCCAAGAACAGGCAUUCAAAUGGACUGGGUCGCUGGCCUGUUAAAUCUGCUAGCUUCAUUUUGGAUUUGCUCAAGAAUGCUGAAAGCAAUGCAGAGGUGAAAGGCUUGGAUGUGGAUUCACUUUUCAUAUCUCACAUUCAAGUGAAUCAAGCACAGAAACAAAGACGCCGCACAUAUCGUGCCCAUGGAAAAAUAAACCCCUACAUGUCUUCCCCCUGCCAUAUUGAGUUGAUUUUGUCUGAGAAGGAAGAGUCUGUCAAAAAGGAGCCUGAAUCACAGUUGGCCACCAGCAAAUCUAGGAAGGCUUAAGCUAUAUGUAAUGGUGCUUUCAUUGGCAAUGGCUUUAGUGGAUUCUACAAAUUUUGAGGCAUAUUUUUACUUAAU